AUGAGCUUCGUCACCCGCCGUGGUCUUUCCACCCUCAUCCCCCCCAAGGUCGCCUCUCCCAAGGCUAUUGGUGGUGCCCCCGACGCUCUGCGCAUGCAGCGUGUCGUCAGCUUCUACGAGAAGCUUCCUCGUGGUGUCGCCCCUGAGGCCAAGGCCAAGGGUCUUCUCGGUCGCUACCAGGCCCGCUACUUUGGCAAGAAGGCCUCUGCUACCCGUAUGGAUUAUCUGCCCCAAAACUUGAGCUUCUUGCGAGAAGUGCUGCUAUCAUCCACGCCAUUGUCUUCCUCGUCGGCAUUGGUUAUGCCCAGAACUACUACUUCCACUUGCGUCACCACAAGAACAACGCUCACUAAAGAGCUCAUUUGGUAA